AUGAUCGGCGCGCACACCAUACUCGCGCCUUUGCUCGCGCGCGCGCUCAAUCGCUACCUCGACGGCGUCAAUUCCGACACCCUGCGCAUCGCCCUGCUGCGACGAAAACUUUCGCUGCGAAACGUGUCCGUGAACUGCGACGCGCUCAAUCGCGAGCUGAACCUGGGGAUAAAACUCACGCGAGUGCGCAUCGAGACGAUCGACGUGCACUACGCGGUGUUCGGGAAGCGAGAGGAGACGCUUCGGGUGCGCGUGGAAGGCGUCGACGUCGAGGCGGAGGCGCCGAACGACGACGAAGAAGACGAAGACGACUCGGGUGAUGGGGUCGACUCGGAUGCGCUGCGCGAACGACGGGACGCGAGGGAGAAAGCGAUGGAACACAUCGCGAGCGCGAUGGAGACGCACGCGCGAGAGAUGGUGAAAGGGUCGGCGUGGUCCAACGCGUGGUUCGCGGCGGCGUUUGAGCGUUUAUCGGUGGAGUGUCGACGCGCGAGCGCGACGUACGCGACGAAGGCGACGGGUUCGGGGCGGGAGGGUGACGUCGGGCGAUUGCGAGGAAGCAUCGAGCGGUUUACGAUGAAGAGCGUAGGGAAGACGUCGAGCGCUCGGUCAGCGGAGGAUGACGAGGACGCGAACGACGGCGAGCCAGAGCGAAAGAAAACAAAGACUUCCGAGCACGACGACGACGCGGGCGACGCGUCGUUCAGCGGAGACGCGAUGAAGCGCGUCGAAAUAACAGGACUGUCGCUCAUCGUGGAUGAUGGUGAGACGUCGGGGCAGCACGAUGUCGUGGGACCGAACGGUCGCGUGCGAAUGGACGUGCACUUGCGCAAACGCGCGCGGCGCGCGAGAUUCCUUCGCCCGAAGGCAUCGAAAUACGUCGCGAAGAUAGACGUUCGAGACGUUCUAGAAACGAAUAUUAGCGCUUCGCAGGCGCAGAUGUUGCUUUUGGUGCGCGAUGAGAUUGAUAUGUGGACGAAGAGAAGAGCGCACGGCGAACGUAGACCAAAGACGAAGAAUCCCGUCGAUUGGUGGAGAUACGCCGUCAGGGCGACGGUGCCGCGCGGAGAGCACCAUCGCGCUCGAAUGCUAGAUAGACUUAGACAUGGGCGCUCACAGCUCGAGGCGUACGUCGAGGUGUGCGUCGAGCGCAAACGUGGGCAGAGAAUCACGAUGCCUGAACAUUUACAAAAGUUUGAGACGAGGCUCACGGCGGAUGACGUUGAGCUCAUCACAUCGCUUGUCGAGCGCAAGGUGGCGAGUCUUCAAGAGACAGAAGAUGAUAUGAUGGAUAGCAUGUUUCCUUCGUAUCACUCGUCAUACAGCGCCGCGGAUAUAUUCGACACCAGCGGCGAUGAUGCGGAGGAGACCGCGGAGCAGAUAAGAAGAAUGCCAGAGUCAAAACAGACGUCAACGAGUCUCACGAGCUAUCUCUAUGCCAAGAGCACGAGUUACAUCUCCAAAGCUUACAACUAUGUCAACGUGUCAUCAAAAUAUGCGUCGGCAUCAGAAUCAGUCGGUGACUUUGAGCCAGAAGUAUCUGUGGAGAUUCCCGGCGUCUCGAUGACGAUUCGAGACGCGGCGGAGAAUCGAUUACGGUUCACGGCGAAUAACAUAUCACUGGCGCAUGGUGCUCUCUUCGCCGAUGACGAAGGUGUCGUCAGUGAGACGCAGAUACACGUCGAUCGCGUGCACGCUGAGGACUCGAGCUCGGGUGUUGCUGAGGAUAUGAUUUGGUCUCGAGAAACUGAUGGCGAGCGAGCGGUUACGAUCAAGUUGAAUCCGAGUGCGUGCGCGACGCUGGACGUGCUCGUAAACGUGCACGUGAAGAUGGCGCCACACGGUAUGGCUAUUCGACCGUCAACGGCCAAAGUGCUCGCGGGUUUCGCGAGUAUCAGAGAUGGACCUUACUGGCAAGCACUACGAAGAGCGACUUUGGGGUUGAACAAUCGCUCGCCAGAGUGCAGGUUGAAGAUGAUCAAGCUCCUUGGCGACGGGAUACAAGCGAUACCUGUGCUCGUUGAGAUCGAUUCACCCUUACUUGUCGUACCCGCUCAAACUGCACCGCCAUCGAUCGAUGUGGAGACGUCGGCUGCGUUGGCGUUUGGCGCGGAAAAGAUUGUCUUUUGCCAGGAAAACGGUUCGCGAUCACGCGAUGAUGGAUCGUUUGAUCGAUUGGUAGACGAAGCUUCAGCGAUGAUGGAUUAUGCUUACGAUGCAAAGGAAGCGUGGCGCGCCCUGGAAGAGUUGUCUGAAUUUGUUUUGCAAACUCGUAGUUUCGCACACGUCGACGGCGCGUGGAUGACCGCGGCAAACGCCUCCGCUGCUAUAGCUGAAGGAGUGAAACUUACUGUCGUGAACGAUGCGACAAUAUUCGAUUCCGAUGUGACGAUGGUAGACUUGGAACCGAUCGAACUCAACUUCGAUCCGGUAAGCGUCGCGGCGGUGGUUCACGUGGUCCAAGCCUUUGCAGACGUCUCUGUACAGACAACUGCGAGUUCGACGCCCUUCGCCGUGGAUUCUGGGCUUCGAUUCAACUUAGAAAAGAUCGCGCUGAAUUUGAAUAGCGCAUCAGGCCGAAUGCAUUACACGGUCACGGACAUCAGUAUCGCCACGAAGGGUUCGAGCGACGAUUGGAGGAUGAAAUCAAGCGUAGGUACGGUAUCUGGCGUGCACAUGGACGCUGAUUCGGCGCAAACAGAAAUUGUGCGUUGCUCGCCGAAGGACUCUAUACUGAAAGCUCACGUCUGCGCACGAAUCGCGGGUACGAUCGAAUUGGGAGCCAUCGACGUAAGAGUUACGCAAAAUGUACUCGAAACGCUAUCAGAGUUUGCCCGCCUUACGAAAGACGUCAAGAAGUUCUUUGGUGAACGUCUGCACGUCGCGAGCCCUAUUCAGAGUCGUUCCGUCCGUGGUGAGUUCGACAGGGCGUGGAGUUGUGUAGCGACGUUCGAUAUCGCAGACUCGUUGUCACUAUUUUUACACGGCUCCAUUGAACCCAUGUCGUUCAAGCUCUUUGAAGAGUCGGGCGAAAAGGAAGCGGUUGCGCUCACGACGCGUGCCAUGGAGAUUCGAGGCAAUGCCUCGCACGUGGAACUUGAGCUCCCUAGAAUGUUACUCUCUAUUCUCAACGCCGAGUUUUCUACUUCAUUACUCGAUGUCGAGGAUGUACAUUUUACUCAUUCUUUCGGGAGCGCCUCAAACGCGGCGAAGGUGCAGGUGGGGAGUAUUGGCGCUGAAAUUACCCCCACAGACGUGCGGCGACUGGUCGUCGUCUCGGAAUCGAUUCCAAAGAUGCCCUCUCUGACUAAGAGUUCACCUAUAGCUUCUCCUGGGAUCACUGACGCCAAAGUGUUUUCAAUUCCUUCCGUCGACGUGAAUGUGAAACGAAUCAGGUUGAGCGCUAGAGAAGCGGAUGAAAUUUCGUUGACGUUUUUCGACGUGACGGGGCGCGCGAGUCCGCGAGAAGACGGCCAUCUCGCUGAAUUACGAGUGGACUCUAUUGAUCUGCAAGUUUGCACACGCAAAAGUAUCGAACACCCGACGACGUUGCUUCAUAUAUCGAGUGAGUCCGGUGCGGCUGUCAAAAUGGAUGCCAUGUACGCCCAAGGCUCAGUAAAGUCCGAGUUGCUCAUUGGGAAAGGCGAUGUCGAGUUCAACGCGCCGUACAUCAUUGCGGGAACGAGUGUCUUGCAUGGCGUGAGACAGGCAAUGCCUGUGUUGACCGCGUCGACAACGACAUCUGCACCAUCGAUAUCACCUUUGUCUUUAACUCUCGUGUCUGCGAACUUUCGCACGGAAACUUGGACAGUACAACUACCUUGGCGUUCAGAGAGCGAGCGCCAUGCGCCGCUGCGUAUCGUACGUUUGAAGACUCGGCAAUCGGGUACUUUGAAUGAGUUCACUGCGGGAUCUUGCGUCAAUGCGACGUUCACACUGGAUGAGUUCACGCUUGAGACAGGAUACUGCAAGGAUGAAGAUGAUCUCGAAGGUUCAUCAAUCAUGUUUACGCUCGCCGAAGUUAUUGGACUUUCGAGUAGAAUGACUUUGCCGCCCACAUCUCCUGAACACUUUGCGCGCAAAGUCGUGCCGAAAAUGGACGUUACUGUACAUGAGAUGCGCGCACGCGCAAACGAAGUUUCUUUACACUUGAUACAAGAAGUUUCGGCGCUGAUCCUCGCGCAACCGGCAACUUUGAACGCCAUAGAGGCGUAUGAUCAAUUGCCCUCGAGUUCAAGCCCACACGAGUUCGAUCUUUCCAUCAACGUAGAGUCCAUGAGUGCGUGCCUGGAACACGCACAGGUCCACAUCGUUGUGCCAGUUUUGCAAGUCAUGAUGACGGACGCGCGUGUUGAUGUUAAGAGCUCGAGCUCUGGCGUGGAUGGAAGCGCAUCGAUGGAUGUAGAGAUGGACUACUUGCAUCCAGUGAAAGCGGCUUGGGAACCCAUUCUUGAACCCAUGCGCGUUUCGACGUCAAUCAAGCUCACGCCAGAGUUUCUAUUUGAGAGUGUCAACAUCAACGUUGCGGCUGGGAUCGAAAUAACAAUGUCGCAUAGUGUCGUCGAAGCGCUUCUCAAGACGCAAAUCAUCGCGCAAGCGGCGCAAGCGCCCAUCGCGGAUCUCGAACAGUCGACGACUUUUGGACCUUGCACUUAUCAGAUGACGAACGCCACUGGAUUCAACGUCGCUUAUGCGCUCACGUUAGUUCGUGGUGGCGAAAUCACGUCCGCCGGGGCGGGUAAAACUAUCGCGGGUGACACAAACGUUAUGCACUUUGAGCGGCGCGAGGAAAAUCGUGCGUGCAAAACCAACCGCGUCAUAGAGCGAGGGGCCUCGUACUGGGCAUCGCCGAUCAAUGAUGACGAUGAAGAUGACGGCGCGAGCGUGCGCCAUCGAUCGGAAUCGACGCAAGAACGCGUUCCUCACGUGUCGCUCGAAUUUGAAGACAUCCAGGUCGACAUAGACGAGGCAAUUUCUCUCGACACCAUUGGCGAGGAGACGAGCUUGCUGGAAUACGAAGCACAGAUGGUGGACGGUUCCUGCGCGCGUGUCAUCGCGGAGAUCGGCCCUUGCUCGAACAAGGUGAAUCGAUAUGAACUAUUGCUUCGUUCGGACGUCGCAAUUUUGAAUGGCACGAACGCCCCGAUCGUGAUGUGCUUUCAGCAAAGUGCGACGCUGCCGGCGACGAUUUUCGGCCCGAUACUUCCCGGCGAAAGUGUGUGGCUUCCGAUACCCCUGCGCUUAGCUAAAAACGUGCAAUGGCGCGUGGUGUCGCCGGAUGAAGAUUUUGGAGAAAUCUCCGUGGAUGAGGUGGAUGAUUCUGAAGCUUCCGCUGGGUCACCUUUCCUCAGCCCGCUCCAUCGUUCGAAAACCAACGCCACUCCACGCUCACCCUUUGGGGACGCGUUCUGGCGACGUCGUCACAAUUGGAGUACCUUUGUCGCGUUUUCUGAUUUGGUCGCGAAAGAAGAUGCUAUCGAGGCAUCGCUUUGUUCGGUGACGAAAGAACAUAGUAUUGCUUCGUCUGAUCCGUACACGUGUGCGUUCACGGUGACUCGCGACGAGACACUCAAACGCGUGCAGCUGGCGCUGAGCGCGCCGCUGAAAUUUGUCAACACGCUACCGCUGCAGAUGGUGGUCACUUGCCGCGCUAGGAAUGCAUUUGGCCAUGAUGCGCGCAUAGAGUCACAUGUGGUGAAUCCGGGUGAGUCGACUUUAUUCACAGCCUCUCACCCCACUUGGUCUGCUUCGGUAUCUGCACAAAUCGUUGGAUAUGCGCCGUGCGAAGAGCUCGUCGUGCCGGAAUACACGAUGGCUUUGAAAAACGCCAAGUGUCAGGCAAACGGUGAGAUUUACCAUGUUGAUCGAGAUACGAAAAGGAUUCACGACGGAGGUGACAAAUCGUCUUCACAAGCCGUUUCCUUGCGCUUUACGUUUUACAUCGAUGAAGCGACGCAGUCACGGACCUUGUACUGCGCCGCGCCACUCGUCGUGCUGAAUUCAACAUCCUGCGCCAUCGUGCUCGAAGACAUGCUCUAUGGCACUGAGAUGGAGGAGUCUGUGCAGAGUGAAAUCGAAGUUUUCGAGUCAAACCCCGAUGCAGAACGCCAAGGAACGAACUCACCGCUUCCGAACCGUCUCUUCAUAGAAGACGCUGAGAACUUUGAGACUCCCCCGGCGCCGGCUUCUCCUUUCGCUCGACUUGCGCAGAAUCAAGCUUUGCCGUCUCUUCGACGUAUGAGUUCUUCGACGAAUGUGUUGUCACAAACAAGCCCGUUGUUGAUGCGACAGUCGUCGUUGCGAUUGAAUGCCGAUUCGGUCACGCUUCUCACGCCAUCAACGCCCGGACGCCAGACGGUAUCGACGGACCACGGCGUGGACUACGGCGUCGACGACGAGGAUUCACUGGAUCAACGCGCGACCGUUCUCGGUAGUUCAGCGCAUUGGCGCAAGUCAAUCAAACGGCGUCCACGGAUUCGUAUUCGGCUCAAGUCUUCAAGCGCGUGGAGUCGCCCUUUUAGGAUCGAUCCGACGGGUCUGCCGAUUGAAAUCAGGCUACCCUCAGACGCCGGCUCAGAUGUUUGCGAGCAUGUAUUCGUCGUGACUGCUUCCAUGGUUUCGACCGAUAAAUUGUGCAAGACGGCAAAGAUCAUGAUACGACCAAAGUUUCUCAUCAAAAGUACGCUAGACGAAGCCGUUUGGAUCCGACACGGCGGCACGGAGAGCGUGGAUUUGUUGCAGCCCCGCUCGGCGACGCCGCUGCGUUGGUUUGACAUGCGCUCCAAGGUGCCCAAAGUGAUCAUGUUCAGACCGGAGAAGGGAGUUUUCGAAUGGUCUAAGCCAGUGCAUGUGCCUGAGCAUACUGCUUCUAUACUGAAGAUGCGUCACCUCGGCGGAGAUAGUACGUUGCACACGGAAACUAUCACGGUCUCGAUUCUAGAAAACGACGACGGAACGUUUGACAUUCGCAUCGCGCGGCCGACUGAGAUCGACGGCGCGCUCGGAAUGCAUUCCAUCGAGAACCACUCGAACGCGUCAAUCUGGUAUCACCAGCUCGGUGCCGAUGAUGCGCGCGCGACGCUCGCGCCCAAGGAGAGCGAAGAGCGACUGAUUGAAGACUCGUCUCUUCCUCGCGCGCUCGUCAUUGGGUACGGCGAUCUUUCGUUGGGCGAACCGAUUUCGCUUGACAUCACUCGCACUCUGUCGUAUAGCGUGGUGACGACAGACAAGCGGUGCUUGCGCGUGAUGGUAACGAGAGAGGGACCGAUGUGCUCUGUCAUCAUUGAAGACGCGCUGAGCAGUCGCGUCGCAGAUACGCCCGAGCGCCCGCGACUAUCGACGAAGACGCCCCAACGCCCCGGAGCCCCCGUCAACGUGUCGUUCAAGUGUGGUUGGAUUGGUGUGAGUGCGAUCCAUGGACACGAAGAGUUGCUGUACGGACGCGUGAGUGGUAUUACGGUGAAGGUGCUCGCGGACGGUUCCGAGUUCAAGAGCGCCGUCCGCGUGCACAGCGCACGAGUCGAUCACACAAGCAGCAAAGCGAAACGACCAAUCGUGUUAGCCAUACCCGAGCGGCAUCAAAGCGCCCGAGAGGCACUCGAGUUGCAGGUGCACGGACGGGUGCAGAAGUUGAAUGGUUUACCCGUCAUACGUUCGUUGAAGGUUGAUUUGGCGCCAGCAUUCGUCGAUUUACACGAUGAAUUGAUUGAAUCCGUGCCGCGCGCCAUCGCGCCGUGCGUCCGUCACGCAGAGUUGCUCUUGCCUCCUGCGAAACCGACGAUAAAAGCGAACGGUGCACGUAAGCGCAGCUUGGAAGGCGAAACUGUGGGCGCGCUUACGUCCGUAUACUUACAAGAACUCAUCAUAAACGAUGUCGAGCUCGUCCUGUCGUUUUCUCGUUUACCCGGAUUACCGGUCGCCGUACGAGCGUUGGCCGGCGUUGAUCGCGCGAAUUUGCGACUGCGAGGCUUUCACAUGAACCAGCCGUCACUCAUGGCGGCAGAUGUCAGCAUGAUGGCCGCGCGUCAUUUCGCUAGGGAAGCCGUCAUCGUCGCCGGUUCUCUUUGGGCGCAUAACUCCUUACUCGGCGAUCCGCGCCGGCUUUGGGAUGAAAUCAUCGAAGCUUUCGAUGAGAUGCAUCAAGGUUCGGCGACAACCGCGUUGCCACGAGUAAUAAUGGCACUCACAGCUGCGUUUGCGCAUUCUGGAGAGACGGCGCUAUCGCAAGCGCGUGACGUCGUCGAUGGUUGGCUCGAAGCGCUGGAAGUCGCCCAAGCCAGUCGGCGAUUUUCGCUUCGACCGAGAAGACUCGGCACGGUCGAAGAUCUCGAGAAGCAGGCGACGGUGACGUUUGUGGCGCGCAUAUUUGACACUGUCGGUCGCGUCGUCUUCGAUGUCAUCGAUGGACCACUGCAUGGCCUGGAACUGGCCGGCGUGAGAGGGUUGGUUGAAGGCUCCGUCAUCGGCUUGAUGAGCGCGUUGACGCGCGUUUUAGCCGCCGCUCUGGAUGGCGCCGAGCUCAGCGCGAGGCGACUUCGACUUUUCACGGCGGCGAAAACGUUCGAAGGGGAGUACAUGCGCCCGCGUCGCCCGCUUCCCACGUCAUACAUGGACCCCAUACGGCCGUACCAUCUCAUAGAGGCCAUCGGCAGGGAGACGCUCGCGAAACUCGCUUCGAGCGAAAAACGAGAACGAUUCGUCGCCACCGCUUCGUUGAUGUGGCCGUCGCACGAUAUGUGUGUUUUGACGGGUGGGAAACUGCUCGUCGUUCAUCGAUCGGACGUCAACGCGCCGUACGUGCGCUCGAGCGUGAGAUUUGUGGACAUCUCCGGCGUCCUUCGCGACGGGAAUCGCGUCUCCGUGUACGCCGCGAGAGCGGAGCGAUCGACGCGCGUGUCCCUCGCACAGACGCAAAGCGUGUUCGCUCGAGCGUAUGGAUUCGCGUUCGGGUGGAUGCAUCGAGAACAGGAUCAAUCAUUCCACGACGUCGAUGAGACUUUCCGCGGCGAAGACGCGGCGACGCCGACGUCGAUCGUCGUGCGAUGCGCCGACGAAGACGCCGCGCGUUGGCUUUCGAGCGCGCUCUCGCCGUUCGUGAACGCCAACGCGAAACAAAAUUAGUACAGGCA